AUGUCACUCACCACCCAUGCCACCAACCUAGCAUCCUCUCUUACCCAUGCCAACCUAGUCCCGGGCCCCGCAUCGGCGUUGAUCCCGGCGGCCUUUACGCCGACAACACAACUCGGUAUCUCAUUUGGUAAUAAGGCGGUUGAUCUGGGGACCUUCUUCCGUGCUGGAGAGUGCAAACAGGCGCCGCGGAUCUCAUUCUCCCACGGGGCAAAUGCAAACGUCGAGGGAGAUGCUUCGUAUUUAUUCAUCCUGACGGACCCUGAUGCGCCAACUCCGGAUGAUCCUAAGUUUGCAUUCUGGAGGCACUAUGUUGUGAGUGGGUUGAAGCCCUCGGGGAAGGACGGAGAGGGGAAGGUAUUAACGGAGUAUCUUGGGCCGGGACCGAAGGAUGACUCCAAGCCUCACCGGUAUUUUUUUCUCCUCUACCGGGAGCCAGCAGGUUUGUCCCUGGCAAAAGAGGACGUCGGCGGCGAGGAGUUCGUCCAACGACGCUCCUUUAAGCCUGCCGAAUUUGCGGAGAAGCACGGGCUAAGUCUCGUCGGUGUGAACUGGAUGACUUGUGCUGGGGACGGCUGGGUUGCGUGA